AUGACAGAUGAAUCAUGGCCGCAGAUAACACUCCGAAAACCACAUGACGCGGACUGUGAAAGCCCAUCCAUCAACGCGUCAGCGGUCGUUGGUAAACACUUUCUGGCGACUCGGAAGACAUGUGCGGCGAAGCUCCCCCACUCGCCUCCGCUCUGUUUUUCACAUCGCGCACUCGACUUUACACCCAACCACAAACUAUCGGCUUCGUUGUUUUCCAGAAAGUUGGUGAAAACCGCCGAGGGCGGGGCCAAGUGCGGGAAAUCGCAGGCGAAGGGAAUUUGAAUGGGCGGACGUGACUUUUCGAGAAUCUACACCGUACGAACCGGACGUACUUUAUAAGCGACGACCUCGCUCCGAGUGUCAUCAGUGUUUCAUUGUGCCGUUGGGAAAGCCCAAGGGCAAGAAGAGGGCAAUGGAACAGAGGAUGGGCUAUUAGGUUAGGUCUGAAGGCAAGUAUAAGGUUGUAGAUGAUGGAAGAUGUAUAGAGUGGACUUCUGUGCCGCUGGCAAUGUUCCCUCAGCCUCAAUUAAUCAAGCUUUUGGCGGCUUCUCGAAAAUUUCGAACGAAGACGACGUAGAACUUCCCCAACUGAUCUCUGAAUAACAUUUAGGUCAUAUUUUUUCAACCCCGUUGAAAUUUGUUGUCUUUCAAUGAGAGAUCAUACGAGAUGUGAUCAUUGAAUUCGCGUGAUUGAUGUUUUAUCGUGCUCAUUUAACCAGUUGUAACAUUUCGCCUUUCAGAAGCCUAUAAAACCCCAAGCUACAUUCAAAGCUCACUUCAACUCCCUUACAAACCUUUGCUUACAUCUACUCAACCACCUAAAAUCAUGUCCGUUCAACAGAUCCAACGAGUUCUUUUCGCCUUGAUCUUCUUCAUCAUGGCGCUCAGUCAAGUGUCGGCGCAACUGGGAGCCGACGGCUCCGCCAGUGGCACUGUCCUCCUCCCUCACGGCGGUGAACUCCCGCCAAUGACGGUCUUCAACAACCCUGGACCCGUCUACUCGCCUUAUGGCUUCUUCGGAUGA